AAACUACUGAAAUUAAGUUAUGCAAAUUGAGUGUCAUAAUAUGCCUCCAUACUCAAUCUCUCACUCGUCCCGUUUUAUAAGUAAAUGGUAUCAGUUCUAUUUAAAUGGUACGUCCAUGGUAUCAUAAAAAAAAAAAUGACAAUCAGCUGUUUCAUUGUUGACGUUGACAUGACAAUCAUAAAAAAAUAAUCUCAAUCAUUUAAAUUGACUGAAAAUUUUAAGUUUUAAUUAUUUUCUAUGACAGGUUAAGGUUUUUACUGCCCUAAACUUAAGUCCUUUCAUCACUUACCUAAUUUUAACAACCAUGAGAUUGUUGAUGUCCAGCUUUUUCCGAAACUGCAAGUUUAAGCCUCUGUAUCAGUCCCCAAAACUUAGGACUUUCGGAAGUUUAAGUGAAGAUAAAUCUCUAACACAGUCCAAAGUUUAUGGAGUCGUCGCAGCUGAUCCAAGUUACGUAGAAGUGUGUCCGACAUGGCCGGUUGGCGAGGAGCCCGAGCUGCGAGCCAGUGUGCUACGAGACAUGUGUGUCAUCCCCAACUUUAUCACCGAACAAGAGGAAGCGGUACUGCUGGCCGAACUGGAGCCUGUGCUUAAACGUAUGCGCUAUGAGUUUGACCACUGGGAUAAUGCGAUCCAAGGCUACCGCGAGACGGAGCGUUCGCAGUGGCGUCCAGAAAACGCUCGCGUUUUAGAACGCGUGCGGACCGCCGCGUUCGACGCGCCUGACGCGGCCCACCACCGCGACACGCUGCCCGCCGCGCACGUGCUCGACCUCGCCGCACAAGGGUACAUACGGCCGCAUGUCGACGCCGUCAGGUUUUGUGGGCCGGUGAUAGCGGGUCUAUGCCUGCUGUCUGACGCGGUGAUGCGCCUGGAACAUAGCGCGCGGCCUCACCUGGCAGUGUCGGCGCUGCUGGAGCGGCGCUGCCUCUAUAUCAUGCGGGGUGUGGCCCGCUACGACAUGACGCACUGCGUGCUGGGCGCGGAGCACAGCGCGUGGCGCGGGGCGCGGGUCCCGCGGGGGAGGCGACUCGCUGUCAUUACCCGGCAACGGCCUCUGCCCCAACACACGGGGUAGGCAGCGGGCAAAACCAUAUUAAACACCCUACAUGCAACAACUCCAACAAAUUCGUGCCCGAAACCUGUCCAAAAGGUACAUUGGGUACGAUCCACGGCGUUGAUCGCGUGGUCAAAACCAAUAUAAGACACUAUUUAAACAUUGAAAGUCACCUUUGAUGCAUACCGUAUAAGGUCUUAAGUAAAACGCACGCGUCAGAGUUAUCAUAGUUCGAAAUGCAAGCUCGUAAAAUUUUACGACUUAUUGAUAUAUAUGCGGAAGAAUAUAGACCAUAUUCCUUUGACUCUACACGUAGUUCUGAAUGCGCAAUUAAGCAAUACAGCAGCUCUGGACCGCGAAGUAAAGAGACGGCUAUAUUCCCGACCAUACAUUUGAAUAUCACAAUUUUUUUCUAUUAAAUCAGUUUAUAGUAAGUAUUACAACAAAAUAUGCUUCAAGUGCGUUCAAUUGACAAACAUUGAUUAGGUAUCUGUCAAAAAAAAUUAGACUUUACGUACUAUAAAUAUAUUUUCGCAUUUUUUCACGGAGCUCUGCGGCAUCUUGACUUUUCAACGAUCCGCGCGUGACUGUGAGCCAAAAAGUGCUCGAGUGAAGUUCAAGCACUUGUUGAUUGGGACAUAUUUCGAGCGCACGUGGUGCAUCUAGGGUAUUUAAUACCAUUGAACGGUCAUGAUAACAAGGCCAUGUUAAUAGAGAAACUGUCUGAAACACGCGCUUUACCAUUGUCAUUAGUCAUUAUCAUUAUAAUCUAAUGAAAUCAAUUUGUCAGACUAUGACGUCAAUUCUGCCAUGAUUCUCUAAACUUUAAACUAAUUUUAACAUCAGCCUUUCCUUUUUAUUGUGUAUAGAGAAUGAUAAGGAUAAACUGUUGUCAAAUUUAAGUUUAGAUUUAGAGAAUCAUGCCAGAAUCGAUUCCUAUGUAAGAUAAUUAAUAGAUGCUCGUACAGCUAAAUUCUUCCAAUAGGCUGUCGAAUGCUAAAUGAAUAUGAGCCAUCUGACUAAAUAUAAAAUGUAGGUACGUUAAUACUGUAAAGAAUAGUGAAUUAUGAGAAGAGAAAAAAUAUAACAACUUAAUAGAUUUGAAGUAAAUAAACAUUAAUUUAUUAAAGGAUUUUAAUAAAUUACGAUUUAUUUAUUAUUUUUUUCAUUGAGAAAUACCAUAAGUUUCAAUCGAUUUUUACAAACUUUUACAGCAUAGACAAUAAAAAAAAUUAUAGAGCCGUGAAAAAGGUUAGUUUCUACGAAUGCUUUUUUCAUGCGCGUUAAAAUCACUACGUUAGUUUUUGUUAAGCAAUUAAAUAAUCGAGUUAAUAAAUGGCCCCGUGCAAACGGUCGUGCGUUAAUAAACGCUGGUGCAAACCAACCCUCAUUGUAGUACCUAUUAUAACGUCUGCUAAAACGUUAGGCAGCACACGCUCGUUAAAUUUUAAAGAAAUCUAUCGUGGGCUAUUCGAUAUUACGGCGUUUUACGCAAAUUCUUUCACUAAUAUCAGCCGAUAAAGUUUCAGAGGCCCAAGCACGAAUUUUGACAGCUGCGUAGGUAAUCUUUUCGUCAAAUUUUGAAUGAAAAAAUCUACUUUGUUCUUACGUCCAAUAGGGGCACUACUUAGUUUUCAUAGAAACUCGAUGCGAUACAAUAUGGGCUACCGUUUUUUGUCUCACCUGAUGGCGCCACUGUUGAGUGAGGACCUGAAGUGUAGCUUUUAAAGUUUGUUAAUACGCGCGUGAAAUCAAAGUUUACAAUUAAAUCAUGUUUUAAUACAAAAGAACCGUAUCGUAAACUCAAUCGGUAGUGCCACAGUGUUGCUUAAUUCCGUUUUGUUCUGAAAAAGAAGGACAUGACAAUUUCUCUUAGCUCUGCUUUUAAAUAACUGGCAUUCAUUGGCACGUAACUCGUAUCUGACAUAAUUAAUCUGAGUAAUUACGAAAUAUUCACAACAUUAUUUUAAUUAGAAAUAAACCCGCGUAGUCAACCAACAAGCAAUAACAUUUGACAUUUCGGAGACCUCACGCUACACUAGCGCCUCUAGCGGCGGAUUCAUACGCGAUAGCCCUCAUUACAAGAGCUGUCAAAAAUUGAGACAUUAGGCGUGCACUGCACUAAGCAUUAUCCAGAUAAAAAGCCAUUGUGAGUAUUAUGUAAAUAACUUUCAUAGUUCAUUUCAUAUUAUUACAUCCCAACUCAGACGUCAGUUGAAUUGAUUAAAGAUAAUUUGCCGUUUAGAAAGCUUAGAUUAAAACAUUGGGUUUUAAUCUAAGUGAGAAACAAGGGCGGAUCCAGCUUUGGCGCCAGGGGGGGGGGUCAUAUAGCCAGCUUUGGCGCCAG